CCAACUGUGAGCUUAACAAACGGACCAAAUCCAUUAAUAGAUGGUGCCAAUCAGACAGUUGCAGCCAUUUGUACUGCAGCUACUGGAAAACCAGCUGCAGAGGUUGUCUGGGAAGGUGGUCUUGGUGAAAUGGAAUCCACUUCAACUUCAUAUCCAAAUGAAACAGUCACAGUGGAGAGCCAGUACAAGCUUAUUCCUACCCGCUUUGCUAGAGGAAGACGUAUAGCUUGUAUCGUGAGACACCCAGCCUUAGAAAAGGAGAUAAGAAUGCUUUAUGUGCUUGAUAUUCAAUAUUCUCCUGAGGUUACAGUAACUGGAUAUGAUGGAAACUGGUAUAUUGGAAGAGAGAAUAUUUUGCUCAGGUGUAAUGCUGAUGCAAAUCCACUACCAAUGGAGUUUACAUGGAGUCGGCUGGAUGGACAUUGGCCUGAGGGAUUACAGCCUUCCAACAAUACUUUACAUUUCAACAGUCCUUUGUCUUACAAUUAUACUGGAACUUACAUUUGUAAAGUGACCAAUUCACUUGGUCAAAAAAGUGAUCAAAAGACUAUUUACAUAUUAGAUGUGCCAUAUAAGCAGUCAUCAUCAGUAGCUGUAGCUGGGGCUGUAAUAGGAGCAGUACUUGCUCUCUUUAUUAUUACCAUCUUUAUAAUAGUAUUACUGGCUCCUAGAAAAAAGCGAUCAUCUUAUUUGGACAAAAUGAUUGAUCUUCCACCAACACACAAGCCUACAUCUUCCUAUGAGAAAAGAAAUAUUUCUCAUUCUCAGAAAGAAAUAAACAAUGCAAAAAUGAUAAAUUGCAGCCGAUUUAGCUAUGAAGAUGAAAACACUGCAUCCCAAGACAGAGAUCAACAAAUGUACCCAGCACUGAAAGAAACAAAUUGCAAAGAUUGGAUCAAUAAGAAACAUCCAAAUACAGGCAAUGGAAGAAUAUAUAUCAAUCCCAGGGAACAUUAUGUAUGAUUCAAUCUCUUGUUGGUGAACUGAUGUAGAAAGAUAUAUUUGUCUAAUCAUAAUUUUAUAUAAUUUCUGAUAAUCUCUUCAAAUUAGUGGUUUGCUUUUUUGUGAAAAAAUAUAAAUGUUUAUGUCAUCAGCCAUUCUCUAUGCAGUUUAAGAAAUGUCAAUUUAUUAUCUAUUAAUUAGAUGGGCAUAUAAUAAUGGUUAGAAUCUUUUCUACCUAUUUUUCUGAAUUAUUUCUACCUGAAAUCUUCUUACCAGUACUUAAAUUUUCCUCAUUUCCCAUAAUAGUUGCCUAUUCCAUUUUGUAGUAAGGAAAGGCCACAUGAGGUUAUUUUGAUAUUAAUUUAAGCCCUUAUCACAGAGCUUUGCUUCAAGAAAAAAAUGGUUUGUGCCUCAUGCAGAAUAUUGAUAAGUGCUGCCCUCGUCAAAUAUUAACUAUACUUGUUCCCUUUUGCUAAUGUCUAGGGUUGCCACUGGCUAACAUAACUUGUCAUAUCUUCAAAAAUACAGUACUAUCCCUUAAACUAUGGACUGAAACUUUUAGGAUUAGUUGUAAUACAAAUGAUUUUUAAAAGCUCAUGUAUUGCCCAUGUUGGAAAUAACAGUUGGAGAUUAAAAGAGAAGUUUUAAGUGUUCCAGAAAGAAUUAUAUAUGCAAAAUUUAAGGAUAACGGGAAUUAAAGCUGUUUUUGUUUAUGCUUUCAUUGAGCUGAGGGUGUGAAACAAUUUCAUUCAGCGUUUCUUCUGUGUUUUUCGCAUGAACUAUUCUGUGCUAAUCCUAGCACAAUAGUAUAUAAUCUUAUAGGCAUAAAAGGCUCCCACAUUCAGUGUUUACAUCCCACUGCAAGAUACAUCAAACAGUUACUUUGCUUGCUUCUUCAAUAUAGUUUAAGAUUAACUUCACCUAGUGUGCCUUUUCUUCUUUUAGAUUGGCAAACAGAAUGGGGAAGUUUUUUUCAUGCUGAUAGUAACAGGGUAAUGAGAGAAAUGUAGAUCCAGACACCUACAUUAUGCUGCUUUUUUGUUGGUUUUCUUACUGUAUGAUGUUGUUUCAUGGAGUUUAUAGAAAUGCAAAUAGCUUUUGAAUAGUUUUGAGUGUAUUGCUAAAGAUAACUAUAGAAUAAAUUACAAGUAACUUUGAAAUAUAAAUCAAGUACUAACAUAGAGUAUAUGUAAGGAUAACAUAAUUAUAUGAGUUUACUGGUAUUCAGUGAAAAGGCAUGAACAGUGCUAUAGUAUCUAUUAUGUUACCUAUUUGCCUAUAUGAUUUUACAGUACAAAAUCUUAGGAAAAAUGUAUAGAAAAAUAUAGGGAGGUAAGAGAAUUCAGAAUAUAAUGUACAUUAUCAAAAAGUAUUAAUUUGACAUAUUAAAAAGGGAGUUAUCUGGCAUUCUGUUGAAAUACUAAAAAGAUGUUCAUAUUUUAGUAGCCUGAAAGUGUAAUAUUGAUUCUGAAUUAAACAAAUCAAAAAUAUGAAUUUGCAUCUA